AUGCAGUUUGUUCUACUGUUCAGGUCUAAAAAGACUUCAAAAGGCUUACAGAUCCCUAGAAUCCCCUGUGAGGGAUCUGAGUACCAGCCGGCUGAUAUGAGGGCUCGUCAAGCCUCAACCUCCUACGAGGAUGAUUUUGAUAUUAAAAGUCAAGUGUAUGUGCUGGAAAUCCUGACAAACCAUGGCUGCAAGUCCACCCCGGGUAUUCUGGCCAGGAAGGAAGACCUUCAAAAGAAAACAGAUUUAGUCCCUGGCGGAUAUAUUGUUUACGUCCUCAUGCAGUAUCUACUAGGAAUACAACUCAGCGAGGAAUUCUUCUGGAAUUCAGAAUACUCGGUGCGGGAGGAAAUACGUCAAGCCUUCAAAGCCGCCUGGUUGUAA